CCUCAUACUUACACCCUGUAAACAGAUUGAAUAUAUGAGAUUUCCUGUCCCGCCGAAACGCCCCAUGAGCUUGUAGAGGAAGCGCCCUCUGAUCAUGCUGCCGAGGGGUAGCGCCGUUGUCUCCAACUCCCGCUUGCAUUUGUAGUUCCACGACGAUCAUCGCUUUGAAUUGCUUGAAAACACUGUCACUCAUAUCGAGAUCCCUCGGCGUCAAUCACACACGUCAUGGAGAACUCAGCCACUCUAAAUGACAUUCAAAAAGCCGUCUGGGACGGCAGGCUGCCGUUACAAAUAACCCUGGCCCCAGACGAGAGUCGUACAUAUGACCAGACAGACCCAUAUCUCAUCUCUUAUCCACGCAUCUCAUAUUUGAAUUUCUUACUGCCGAGAUUGAAAGCCUUCUUUUCGAGCUCUUUGAUAGAGUCCAACGUUGAACAUCACGUAGGGUGGCUCUCGUUUGAAGGCGUCCCACUCAAGUGGCAUCUCCCUGCCGGCUUGCUGUAUGACCUGUACGCGGGAGCGGAUCCGGCGUCUCGGGGGAGUAGAUCCGAUGACGUGGAUUCGAACGACGAAUAUCUUCCUUGGAGGCUGGUGGUGCAUUUCACUGCAUGGCCGAGCGGGGAGCUCGUCAAAUUAGAUGGCAGCGGAGGUGUCAUGCACGAUGCGUUUAUCAACAGCGUCAAGGAGGCGGAUUUCCUGCGUAACGGGAACGCCAAGGGCAUCAUGAGUCUUUCGAAGGAGGAUUCUUCGGGCUUGUGGGAUUCUGUUCAGGACGUGAACCUGUCCUCUUUCCAACGCAUCUCCAGCAUUCUUCUCCCCCCUCCCUCUCAACCUUUCCGCAACAUCCCCAUUCGACUCUUCCUCCCGCUUCCCCCGGACUCAAGCUCCCCCUCGUUGAAAGUCGUCCAGUCGCUCGUGCCUCCUACUCUCCCGGCCGGCAGCGUAGCGGCCAGCCAAGCGACUCUCUCCCGCGGUAGCCCGGCCCCACAGACCCAGACAGUAGGCACCGCGUUGAAUUCUCUCCUUCCGCAUCUUUUCCCCAGUCGCAGGACCCCUGUGCUCGCGAAACCGGUACUGCAUGGCGCAGCGGUGCCUAUGUCUACGCCCGUUGAGGAGUUAGUGAGGAGUUCGAUGUACGCGGAUGGAUGGCUCUAUAUUGUGAUUCGGAUGAUGGGAUGAUUGGCCUGGUAUAGCUACUACGUAACUGUCUGUCUGCAUGUAGCGGUUUCACUUUUACUCUUGGGGAGUUGCAUCUUGAGAAUGAUUCUGGUUUAUACGAUUGGUAGCAUGGUAUAUACAGGAUAUGUCAACGCUCCACUUCUGUGGAUUGUUUAUACCAGAAUUAUCAGAAAUUCAAUUAGACAUUGGACAUAAUUUGCAAGUACAUGGGUAUCAUGGCCGAUUCGAUCUUCCAAUUGCGGCGACUUGAACGCUUCCUGAUCUUUUAAAGGUACCAACAACUCGGCCAACUCAGACAUAGGUUGACCUCUUUUAAUAACACAUAGAACAAACCGCCAAUUCGGCCUGCACUGUCAUCUUGAUAUUUGCGUAAAGCCCAAAUUCCAAGUCCACUUCCUCAACUUUCUCUUUCUAACAUUUGUCCACGGCGACUAGAAGCUGGUCACAAUCACCUAAACUAGGGAAGUCGGCGACGACCUCGACCACAUGCAUGACAAAGGGGACUUGCGCACUGAUCGCUUGGAGACUGCCAUAGGACGUCGAGCAGGCAGCGAAGACAGCUAGUCACGUAUUCAUUGAGCAGGCAACAACCUUGGGGUAUGGCCUACUUUGUUGGCGAUUAAUUCUCCCCAGUUCUGUUUCUUCCUGGGCUCAAAUGUCCGGAAUGUUUUGGCCUCACUUGUAGGAGGUACACUGUUCGAAAGGAAGACACUUGCGAGUAAGCGUGUCCACUUCACGCACGGCGUAUUCAUUCUCGGUCAUGAAGGUAAACUAUAUCUCAAUUGCUGAUAAUCGCCUCUAGGAAAGUCUGGAGACACAUUAUAGCCGUGCACUUUAGGUUUCUGCGGAACAACGCUCCAAAUGGCAGAGUUGAUGCCCUCCAA